AUGUUUAGAAGAUGCAUACCAGAGGAAGAGGUAGAAGGAAUAUUGUUUGCUUGUCAUAGUUCUAGCUAUGCAGGCCACUUUGCCACUUACAAGACAGUAUCCAAGGUCCUACAAGCUGGAUUUUGGUGGCCAACUAUGUUUAAGGAUGCUCAUGCAUUCAUAUCAAGAUGUGAUGCUUGCCAAAGAAUGGGAAAUAUAAGCAAGAGGAAUGAGAUGCCACAGAACUUUAUACUAGAAGUUGAAGUUUUUGAUGUUUGGGGCAUUGACUUUAUGGGACCUUCCCAACCUCUUUUGAAUCUUUGCCAACCUUUUGAAGAAGCAUGGAGUUACUCACAAAGUUGCCUCUCCUUACCACCCCAAACUAGUGGACAAGUUGAGAUCUCAAACAGAGAACUCAAGAGCAUACUUCAGAAGACAACAGGCAAGACAAGAAAGGAUUGGAGUGCCAAACUAGAUGAUGCUCUAUGGGCAUACCGCACUGCCUUCAAAACACCACUUGGUACCACCCCCUUUCAUCUUGUUUAUGGUAAAGCAUGUCAUUUACCUGUGGAGCUGGAGUACAAAGCAGCUUGGGCUAUUAAGGAGUUGAACUUCAACCUAAAGACAGCAGGAGAAAGAAGAUUGAUUCAGCUGAAUGAGCUUGAUGAGAUUAGGCAUCUGGCUUAUGAGAAUUCAAAGAUCUAUAAGGAGAGAACCAAAGCUUUCCAUGACCGCAAGAUCAUCCCAAAGAACUUCGCGCCAAACGACCAAGUUCUACUAUUCAACUCAAGGUUGAAACUCUUUCCAGGAAAGCUUCGCUCAAGAUGGUCAGGACCAUUCAGGAUUAAAGAAGUUCGCCCCUAUGGAGCAGUGGUACUAUGGGACCCAAUGGGAGGAGACUUUACAGUCAAUGGACAAAGGUUUUCUAUCUAA